AUGUCAGGCAGCCCCAGUUCACCGACAUCGCCCGCCAAUGAUAGGCCACAAAGUCCGGGGGAGGCGGGCGCCUCGGACAUGGUCGUCAACGCGAACGGAAAGCGUCGUCUAACCGAAGAGGAAAAGAGGGAAAAUCACACUCGUUCUGAGCACAAGAGAAGAGAGACCAUACGCGGCCACUUUGAGAGGAUAUGUGCCAUCGUUCCAGAACUUGAUAGCUCAAUGUCACGAUCCGAGGCUCACGUGAUUGUGAUGUCGCAUACCUAUAUCAAGGAGCUCAAGGCAAGGAGACGAGCGCUUGUUGAGUUUUUGAGGUCCAAAGGGGUUGACAUUGACGAAAGCAAACUGAGGUGA